AUGAGGCCGCUGCCCGACGGUCGCGGGCUCCGCGUCGGAGUCGCGCUGUCGCCCGCGCUGCUUCUGCUGCUGCUGCUGCUGUUGCUGCCGCCGCCGCCGCCGCCGCUGCUGGGACGCCUGUGGGCGGCAGGCACUCCAGCGCCAGCGCCCGGGGCUCGGCAGGAUGGCGCGCUGGGCGUGGGCCGCGUAAAGCGCGGCUGGGUGUGGAACCAGUUCUUCGUGGUGGAGGAGUACACGGGCACCGAGCCCCUGUACGUGGGCAAGAUCCACUCAGACUCGGACGAGGGGGACGGAGCCAUCAAGUACACCAUCUCAGGUGAGGGCGCUGGGACCAUCUUCCUGAUCGACGAGCUGACGGGGGACAUCCAUGCCAUGGAGCGCCUGGACCGUGAGCAGAAAACCUUCUACACGUUGCGGGCCCAGGCUCGGGACCGCGCCACCAACCGCCUGCUGGAGCCCGAGUCGGAGUUCAUCAUCAAGGUGCAGGACAUCAAUGACAGCGAGCCCCGCUUCCUGCACGGCCCCUACAUUGGCAGCGUGGCCGAGCUCUCACCCACAGGCACGUCUGUGAUGCAGGUGAUGGCUUCGGAUGCGGAUGACCCCACGUACGGCAGCAGCGCCCGGCUGGUGUACAGCGUGCUGGAUGGAGAGCACCACUUCACCGUGGACCCCAAGACCGGCGUGAUCCGGACAGCUGUGCCUGACCUCGACCGCGAGAGCCAGGAGCGCUACGAGGUGGUGAUCCAGGCCACAGACAUGGCGGGCCAGCUGGGCGGCCUCUCAGGCUCCACGACCGUCACCAUCGUGGUCACUGAUGUCAAUGACAACCCUCCCCGUUUCCCACAGAAGAUGUACCAGUUCAGCAUUCAGGAGUCAGCCCCCAUUGGCACGGCCGUGGGACGAGUGAAGGCCGAGGACUCAGACGUGGGUGAGAACACGGACAUGACUUACCACCUCAAGGAGGAGAGCGGCAGUGGUGGCCAUGUGUUCAAGGUCACCACGGACAGCGACACUCAGGAGGCCAUCAUCGUAGUGCAGAAGAGCCUAGACUUCGAGUCCCAGCCGGUGCACACCGUGGUCCUGGAGGCCCUCAACAAGUUUCUGGACCCCCGCUUCGCUGACCUGGGCACGUUCCGCGACCAGGCGAUCGUGCGCGUGGCCGUGACCGACGUGGAUGAGCCCCCCGAGUUCCGGCCGCCCUCUGGCCUCCUGGAGGUGCAGGAGGACGCGCAGGUGGGCUCCCUGGUCGGCGUGGUGACUGCGCGGGACCCCGACGCCGCCAACCGGCCCGUCCGGUACGCCAUCGACCGCGACUCAGAUUUGGACCAGAUCUUUGACAUCGAUGCGGACACGGGCGCUAUUGUGACCGGCAAGGGACUAGACCGUGAGACAGCCGGCUGGCACAACAUCACGGUACUGGCUAUGGAGGCCGACAAUCAUGCCCAGCUCUCCCGGGCAUCCCUAAGGAUCCGAAUCCUGGAUGUGAACGACAAUCCCCCCGAGCUGGCCACACCCUACGAGGCAGCUGUGUGUGAGGACGCAAAGCCAGGCCAGCUCAUCCAGACCAUCAGCGUGGUAGACAGAGACGAGCCCCAGGGUGGGCACCGCUUCUAUUUCCGCCUGGUCCCUGAAGCUCCCAGCAACCCUCAUUUCUCUCUGCUCGACAUCCAAGACAACACGGCCGCAGUGCACACGCAGCACCUGGGCUUCAACCGGCAGGAGCAGGACGUGUUCUUUCUGCCCAUCCUGGUGGUGGACAGCGGGCCCCCCACACUAAGCAGCACGGGCACCCUCACCAUCCGCAUCUGUGGCUGCGACAGCUCCGGGGCCAUCCAGUCCUGCAACACCACGGCCUUUGUCAUGGCCGCCUCCCUCAGCCCUGGCGCGCUCAUCGCCCUCUUGGUCUGUGUCCUCAUUCUGGUUGUGCUGGUGCUGCUGAUCCUCACGCUCAGGCGCCACCACAAAAGCCAUCUGAGCUCGGACGAGGACGAGGACAUGCGGGACAACGUCAUCAAAUACAACGACGAGGGUGGCGGCGAGCAGGACACCGAGGCCUACGACAUGUCGGCCCUGCGGAGCCUCUACGACUUCGGCGAGCUCAAGGGCGGCGACGGGGGCGGAGGCGGGGGCCCGGGCGGGGGUCCAGGCGGGGGCUCGGGCAGCUCCCCGCCGUCCCGCCUGCCCUCGGAGCGCCACUCGAUCCCGCAGGGGCCGCCGAGCCCCGAGCCGGACUUCUCGGUGUUCAGGGACUUCAUCAGCCGCAAGGUGGCGCUGGCGGACGGGGACCUGUCGGUACCGCCCUACGACGCCUUCCAGACCUACGCCUUCGAAGGCGCGGACUCGCCGGCAGGCUCGCUCAGUUCGCUCCACAGCGGCUCAUCGGGCUCUGAGCAAGACUUCGCUUAUCUCAGCAGCUGGGGCCCGCGCUUCCGGCCCCUGGCCGCGCUCUACGCCGGGCACCGCGCGGACGACGAGGCCCAGGCCUCCUAGCCCUCUGCCCUGCGGUCCAGGCGCGGCUGCUCGCCCCACGCAGGACCUGACGGUGCCCAGGACAAAGCAUUUCCCCUGCUCACCCACUUCCCCACCUCCCACACUCCCAGGACAGCCGGACGGGCGGAGGACCUGUUGGGGGCCGACUCCCCGACGCCCCCUACAGAGGGUGGUUUCAGCUUUUACCCCAGAGGUGCGGAAAUUUUGACCAACGUCAUUAAAACUGGAGCGAGACCAGGCACUGCGUGGAUCUGGGGUUAAAAAGGGAGAUAAGGGAUCGUUGCUGCGUGGAGAAGGGGCGGGUAACUCACUCCUGGCUUGGGAGGAAAUCCUGGGGGAAGGACGCUGCCAAGGUGCCCCUCACCACCCUCCCACCCCCGUUUCCCCUUCAGAGUUAAGAGGAAAGAUGGGCUGUUCAUUUACUAAGCGCCUACUGUGUGCUGGGAUACUGUACAGAGAUCAUCUUAGUCCUCACAGAAACCGUGAGGUGGGGCCCGGCAGGUAACUGAUGGAGAGUGCUACCCAGAGAACUGACUGUGACCUGUCCAAGGACACCCAGCCAGUGAAUGGUGGAGCCUCUGGCACCCACCAGCUGCCUGGCCUUGGGCAAAUGACCUCACCUCUCUGGACCUCAGUUUCCUCAUCUGUCAAAUGAGGCUAAUAAUAGAAGCUACCUGGAAGAGUUGUGAGGAUAAAAAGAGCUCACGGGUCAAUUGGUGAGGACAGUGCCUGGCACAUAGUAGGUGUUCAAUAAAUGUUAGCCUUCGAUACUA